AUGCGCGUGGUUGCCAUAGUAAUAUUACUCUGCUUUUGCAAAGCUGCUGAGCUACGCAAGGCCAGCCCUGCUGGUUUGAGAAAUCGAAUAAAUCACAGCCGGGCAGGUGGGGGCUGGAGAGGCUCCAACCCAGUCAAACGCUAUGCACCAGGCCUUCCCUGUGAUGUAUACAUGUACCUCCAUGAGAAAUACUUAGAUUGUCAAGAGAGAAAAUUAGUUUAUGUGUUACCUGAUUGGCCUCAAGAUUUGCUGCACAUGUUGUUGGCAAGAAACAGGAUCCGAGUGUUAAAAAACAACAUGUUUGCCAAGUUUAAAAAGCUGAAAAGUCUAGAUCUGCAACAGAACGAGAUCUCCAAAAUUGAGAGCGACGCAUUCUUUGGUUUAAACAAACUCACGACCCUUUUGCUGCAGCACAACCAGAUCAAAGUCUUGACUGAAGAGGUGUUCAUUUAUACACCUCUGCUUAGCUACCUGAGACUUUACGACAACCCAUGGCACUGUAUUUGUGAGAUAGAAACCCUCGUCUCAAUGUUGCAGAUUCCAAGGAAUCGGAAUCUGGGGAACUAUGCCAAGUGCAAAAGCCCACAAGAACUAAAAAAUAAAAAACUGAUGCAGCUAAAGUCUGAAGAAUUAUGUAAUGAAGAAGAAAAGGAACAACUGGACCCAAAAUCCCAAGUCUCAGGGAGGCCCCCAGUCAUCAGGCCUGAAGCAGACUCGACCCUGUGCCACAACUAUGUGUUUCCCAUACAGACACUGGAUUGCAAAAAGAAAGAGCUGAAGAAAGUUCCUAACAACAUUCCUCCAGAUAUUGUUAAACUUGAUUUGUCUUACAAUAAAAUCAAGCAACUUCGACCCAAGGAAUUUGAAGAUGUUCAUGAGCUAAAGAAAUUAAACCUCUGCAGCAAUGGCAUUGAAUUCAUAGAUCCUGCUGCUUUUUCAGGGCUGACACAUUUGGAAGAGCUAGAUUUAUCAAACAACAGUCUGCAAAAUUUCGACUAUGGAGUGUUAGAAGACUUGUAUUUUUUGAAACUUUUAUGGCUCAGAGAUAACCCUUGGAGAUGUGACUACAACAUCCACUACCUCUAUUACUGGCUAAAACACCACUACAAUGUCCAUUAUAGUGGUCUGGAAUGCAAAAUGCCGGAGGAAUACAAAGGAUGGUCUGUGGGCAAGUACGUUCGGAGUUACUAUGAAGAAUGUCCCAAAGACAAGUUACCAGCAUACCCUGAGGCAUUUGACCAGGAUACAGAUGAUUAUGAAUGGGAAAAAAUAAGUAAGGAUCACACAGCCAAGAAGCAAAGUGUGCGCAUCACCAUAGUGGGAUAAUUUAGCAACAGUUCUAAUUGCAACUAGUUUGGGACUUGCUAUGUUGGUGUCAGAAAACUGUGUGUUUACAUUUUGAUUGACUGUGUUGCCUAUUUAUGCAGAGUUACCCAGCUAUGAGAGGCUUGUUUCUAAUUGUUUUGUGUGUAAUCAAGAAAAUGCUGUCAUCUUGCUUGCCUGUCGUCUCAAGCCAUCUGGAGACACACAAUCCCACACUGGUAACCUGAAGCUGGGUCCUAAAGAUGGCAUUCUAAUUUUGAAAUGUUCUGUAUAAACACUUUUUAAAACUGCUUUUUGAAAACAAUAAAACCUUGAUUCAUUUA